CGGCGUUCGUGUCGCGAGCACGGCCGUGCCGCUCGCCCCGCCACAAACGUCAUCGUGUUGUCCAGCGCCUAGAAUCGGGUCGCCGCCUUGGGUGCCGCCGUGCCGCCGUGCCGCCGUGCCGCCGAAUCGCGAGUGCAGUGUGUGUAGUGCUUGACGGGGAGCUUCGUGGCGGUGGCGGCGCGCCGAGCGCCAUGCCCUGAGCACCGAGCCGCCCUUCGCGGCCCCCGGCUCGCCCCGGCCAGGGCCUUCGCCAGGGCCAUCGCCAUGCCGCGGCACCAGUGACAGGACCAGUGUAGUCGCAGCCCCGCCGCCACCAUGUACCGCAUGAACUUCUACGAAAGCACGUGUCUGCGCUGCGGCCAGACCGUGUACCAGGUGGACCGCGUGGGCCCGCUCAAGGACUUCACGUUCUUCCACAGCGGGUGCUUCAAGUGCGUGGCGUGCGGCACCAAGCUCACGCUCAAGACGUACUACAACAACCAGCACCGCGGCGACGACCAGGAGGUCUACUGCCGCAGCCACGUGCCCACCACGGGGCCCGGCCACCUGGACGGCUCCUCGGUGGGCAUACGUUCGGCGCUCAACGUGCCGCGCUCCUCCAACUUCGUCAACGAGCAGAUCCGCGGCUCCGGCAAGGGCACGUUCGACGCGGAGGCCCUCAACAUCCGGCCGCACCUCAACGGCCAUGGCGGGCCGCCGGUGCCGCCCGGCAUGGGCGUGCAGCAGCAGGCGCACCACGCCAACCACGUCAACAACAACAACAGCAUGCCGCACGAGUCCAGCUCCGCCGGCUACCAGUACGGCCGCUUCGACGCGUCCGCGCUGCACAUCGCCCACGCGCUGCGCGCCACGGAGCUGUGCAAGUCCUACAACAAGGCCAGGGAGAAGCCCAUCGAGUACUACCUGGACAAGGAUGAGCAGACGCGGCUGGAGAUGAAGCACCGGAAGGAAGAGGACGACCUGUACCGGAAGUUCGCCCGCCAGCGAGAGGAGGAGGACAAGCGCAUGAAGGAGGAGUUCAGGGACGAGUGGGAGCAGGAGCUGGAGAGGCUGACGACGCGGUUCGAGCGGGAGCUGCAGACGAAGCGCAAGCGGCCGGACGAGCAGCAGGUGCUGACGCUGCGGCUGCAGCAGGAGCGCGCCGACCUGGAGAAGAACAUGACCCUCAGGAGGGAUAGGAAGAAGGAGUCCAUCACCAGGAAGAUGCUGGAGCACGAGCGGGCAGCGACGGCCGCGCUGGUGGAGAAGCAGUCCCGGGAGAUGCUGGAGCUCAUCAACGAGAAGCGGUCCGAGUACAUGCGCGCCGAGUCGCUGUACCUGGACGAGGGCGACGGAUGCGCCGAGGAGGCCGCGCCCUACCCCAGCCUGGCGCCGCUGCCCGCGCCGCCCGCGCUCGCCAAGUGCCACCUGUACCACGACCCCGCCGAGUUCGCCUCCAUGGACCAGAUCGCCAUCUCGGUGGCGCAAGAGGACCAGAAGACCUUCACAGACCUUGUACGACAGCUGGUCGGCCGGUGCGGAUCCGACAUAGAGAAAGCCAGAACAAUAUUCCGGUGGAUCACGGUGAAGAACCUGAACACGAUGACGUUCGACGACAACCUUCGGGGCGACACCCCCAUGGGGCUGCUCCGAGGCAUCAAGCACGGCACCGAGAGCUACCACGUGCUCUUCAAGCGACUCUGCAGCUACGCCGGUUUGCACUGCGUCGUCAUCAAGGGCUACUCCAAGUCGGCGGGCUACCAGCCCGGGGUGCGGUUCGAGGACUCGCGGUUCCGAAACUCGUGGAACGCGGUCUACGUGGCGGGGGCGUGGCGCUUCGUGCAGUGCAACUGGGGCGCGCGCCACCUCGUCAACGCCAAGGAGGUCCCCAAGGCCGGCGCCAAGGGCAAGUCCGACAGCCUCAGGUACGAGUACGACGACCACUACUUCCUGACGGACCCGCGCGAGUUCAUCUACGAGUUCUUCCCGCUGCAGUCCGACUGGCAGCUGCUCAAGACCCCCAUCACGCUGCACGACUUCGAGGAGCUGCCCUUCGUGCGGUCGCUCUUCUUCCGCUACGGCCUGUACUUCCCCGACGCCCACACCAAGGCCGUCAUGUACACGGACGCCACAGGAGCAGCCACCAUUAGAAUAGCCAUGCCCGCGAACAUGCAGUCGAGCCUCAUCUUCCACUACAACCUCAAGUUCUACGACAGCGACGGCGACAUGUUCGACGGCGUCUCCCUCAAGAGAUUCGUCAUGCAAUCCGUCGUGGGCAACAUCGUCGCGUUCAGAGUGCACGCGCCGUGCAGCGGCGCCUUCCUGCUCGACAUCUUCGCCAACGCCGUCACGCCCAAGGAGUACCUGACCGGCGACCCAUGGCUCAGUCGGUCGCCCUGCCGACUCCGCGCGACCCAAAGACCGGUUCGGAUCCAUGAGUCCGGCGUUAGGGGGUCGGGCGAGUGGGGCCCCACCAAGGCCACCAGGCUGUUCGGCCUCAUCCCCAUCACCCACCAGGACGCGCUGGUGUUCGCGGGCCGCGAGCUGGAGCUGCAGUUCCGGAUGUCGCGGCCGCUCACCGACUUCAUGGCGACGUUGCACAAGAACGGCGUGGAGGAGAAGCGCCUGUCCAAGUUCGUCUCGCACGCCGUGACGGACGACGACAUCGUCACCUUCGUCAUCAGCUUCCCCGAGGAGGGCCAGUACGGCCUGGACAUCUACACCCGGGAGCUGGCGUCCGUGGGCAUGCACCACCACAGCGAGACCAACGGCGAGAAGCACCUGCUCACGCACUGCUGCAAGUACCUCAUCAACUCGUCCAAGAGGAACUGAAGGGAACUGAACAGGCCGGCGUGUCAGGGCUCUCAGCGACCGGGUGCACCCCAGUGCCCCCCGGCCAGGACUUUACUUCCAGUGGUGCCCCGUGUGUGGCUGCUGACGCCGCCUAGGACGGCGUUUGUGCGAUACAGGGUUCGUUAGUGUGAUGAUGUUCGUUUAAUUUAUUUUUGCGUAUGCGAUCUUAGACAGUAGUUGUGCAUUUACCCAUCACUGCUGCCUUGAAACCAAGACCCCUACCCCGUUUUUUUUUCUACCAGGUGAUUCCACCAGUGAGGAUGAAUUAGAUGUACUUUUCUUCAAAAGUGUUGUGGAGAGGAGUUGCUAUUAUAAUUAUUAUUUUAUUAUGAGAAGUAGUAUUAAACAGAUUCACUUUUACAUACUUGCCACACCCUCUUUUCCACAACACUUUUGCUCUGAGAGUACUACGAUUUAUAAUUGCAGCUGGUUCUGUCUUUUGAUCUGUCUUUUUUUUUUCUUUCUUUUAGCAGAUCAACAAAUCUGAUACUUAAAGAUUUUGUAUAGAAGUCAAAAGUAGAGUUGUAGUUUGUGUGUGUACCAUUUAUGACGGAAUAGUUUGUACUAAUCUGCCAUUAAUAAAUGGCUUUUUAUGUGCAAAUAUAAAUAUUUAUAUAAAUAGAUUGUUUUAAAAAACGCAAAGUGCUUUUCAACUAGUCCAAUGAAAGUGUAUGUUGUUUAAGACAAGAAGGUAUGAACGGGUCGCAAUUUGUCUUCAAAUGCUGGAAAGACUUAGAUCUGGAAGUUCAGCCCAAUUUGUGAGGCUGGUAGAAUUUACUUUGUUUUACAAUUAAAUGUGGAAAAAUAUGGAUUUUAGUUACUUAGUGCUUCAUGUUCACUAUUGUGAAGAUUUGACAGUUAUUUAAGGCUCAAAACUGAAGCAUUUCUAAGGAAAUUACAACUGUUCUUUGAAUUUUCAUACUAAUGCUUUUGAGAACGAGUUCUUCUCCUCACUUUUGACGCAUGUUUUUAGUGUGCUUGAAACGCACUAAUGUCAUUGUGAAGUUUUAAUCUCAGGUGUGGAACUCAGAAUCUUCAAGGAAUCCAUUUUACUUCGAAAUGAUGUUAAAUCUAAAUUCUGUCUCAUCCUAUGGCAAACUCAACAGGUUGCGCGCUUAACUCCCUAACUAAGUGAUGUAUCCAUGUCACUCCAUAUGAAUACUUAACCACCAUUUGAAACGAAAAAUAUUAUUUUGGAGAGAAAACCAUCAAGAUACCUACUUAAUAAUACAGUACCAGUAGCUAGCAAUUAAAUCCAAAGAAUAUGAAUAUUUUUCAUUUAUCAUGUUAAUGCCAUUUUUAUGUUUUGGCAUGUGCAUUGUACAUUAACUGUAAAGAAUCAUGACCACUUCAGGUAAUAUUCAUCAGUCCAACUAGGAUUAUUGUUAUCUGAAAUUGUGGCAGCUGCAGUUUUAGAUUGGUUUUGUUGUAUCCUCACAGCAAUAAAUACUAUUAACAUUUAUCAUUUGAAAUAAAGAAGACCAUCGAUCCAAUAAAUUUUGUCAAAUUCUAAAAC